AUGUCGUCGUCGGUGCAGAACCACCAACAGACCUUGCUUCAGGCGCGCACACACGUGGCAGCGAGGGACACGACAGCCGUUGCCAUAUUGGGAGCGAAGGCGGGCUCAAACGGCAGCAGCCAGAGCUUCCGUCCUGCUGCUCAGUGCCUUGAGCAUACACAGAGCUCAUUCAACCAGACGGACAUCUCGCAGCGCCCCCCAUUCAUAGCCUCCGAGGCCGCUACUGUCUCAUUACUGAGGCGCAUGGAGGUGCUCGAUAAUGGCCGCGCUGGCAGCACGAGUGACAACGCUGCUGCGAACGUUGUGCCAUCCCAUCAGUCGGUGCAGCGGCAGCGCGUGACGGCCCAUACGCUGAAUAAGACCACCCUUGCCAACAACGACGUCACGGGUGAGGCGCCGAAGCCGCCAUCUAUGGCCGAGUCAACGCUGAAGGCAGGAGCGCAGCGACGCAGGAUCGUAAAAAGUAACCGAAAUGCUGUUGCUUCUCGUGGCCCGUCUGAGUCUUUGAAGAAGUGCGGCCCCGCCGUCAACGUCAACGACGACGGUCACCGUAACGACAGUGCGAUGGCGAUGAAUGUGCCUACGCAAAUCACGGUCGCGGCACGCGGCGGUGCACGAGGGCGGGUGUUCCACAGCAACCCGUUCGUCACAAGGAACGGCAAGCGUUUCUCUGCACAGAAUGCGCGCCGCGGGAUUUCUACGGCGACGCUGUCACCGCCGCACACCGCUAUUACGGUCUCCGAUGACUACUCUGCCGACUUCAGCGUCCACGACGCGUUCGACGUGCUUAGCCCCAUGACCCCUGCGAAUCCCACCUACCAAAAGACCCUACAGGUGCAGCAGCAGCAGCAAUGGCAUAGUGGCAGCUGGAUCUAUGACCUGAAUGCUGGCGCCAACACUGACAGCUUCACGGACGAUGGCAGCCCGAUCGAAUUUGUGGUGGAGGACUUCGAGCUAGAUGACACCGUGCUUGGCGGCACGAAGCACAAUGACUUUGGCGGACAAGCUUCCAAGGGUGGCCCUGAUCGCUUCUCCACCGCUGCGGCAUCAAAUCCGGACAGGCUACGGCAGCAAAACCAUGCGCGAUGGGCCGCAUCGCGAGGACCGACCCGAGGAGCGACUCUGGCGAGUGGCACCACAGCAACGCAGCAGGCCGGUGGGGCUCGUCACUUAACCACCAAGAGCACCAUGGGCAGCGACCCUGCCGGCCCUGACUCCCCGAGUGGCGUGCUGAAGGAGCGGGCCAGACUCGCCAAAGGUGUCAAACUCCAUAACGGGCCCCCGAUGAUCAAAAUCCCGCCGCUGGCGCUCGACGUGAUCAACGCCAAUCGCAAAACUGGCAAGGCGUCGUACAAAGUUUCUCACCCCAAGCCUGGCGUGGUGGUGCCCGACAUAGAGAGCUCGUCGACGGAAUGCUCUGAUAUGCCGAACAACUCGUCCUUGCAGGGCAACUUUGAGGCGCUGGGCGUGAAGGUGUCGAACAGCCCCCUGGGGGGACGAGGCAGCAUUGAAGGUAGGGGAAACGACAAGCGAGUGGGUGGCGUCCACAAUGGCUCGCUGCUGUCGGGCAGUGCCGUGGACGGGCAUCGCGCCGGCGCCGCCGGUUCCUCAGCGUACAAGGGCAGCCUCCAAAACUGCGGGAGGCACGGCAUGCUUUCCAUGCCGUUCGAUGGUACAAGCAACGACUCGCAAGUCCACGAGGCGUCGCCGUCCCGGAAUGCACGCGAAGGUUUUCGUGGCAACUCUGGAGGUUUCGGGAUGCAUGGAGGGCCCUUUGGCUCAGUGCAAAGGCAGCGCUGGCUUGUGGAGGCGGACAAGCAUAGCUCAGGGGAGUCCAGGCCGCCGAUGACCAACGCGAGGAAGAAAGCCAAGUGUUGUGUCGUCAUGUAG